AUGGGAGAAGGGGAAGAACAUGCAUUUGAUAGACCAGAAGAGAGGGAAACUGAAGAUGGCAGUCCAGGUGAACGGGAAAUCGACGAUUGCACUCCUGGUACAUCACAUGUAGUGCCAUCGUCGAAAGGUGAUGAUAUGAUUGAGGAGCCAAAGUCGGGCAUGGAGUUCAAUUCAUUUGAAGAUUUGUUUAGCUAUUAUAAGCAGUAUGCUAAGAAAUGCAGGUUUGGGGUAAUGACACAAAGGAGUGAGAAGUCAGAGGAUCAAAGUGUCAGAUAUGUUACUCUUGGUUGUGCACAGGGAAGGAAGGCACGGAUUAAGACAUCCAAUGUUGCCAACCCACAUCCGACGGGAAAGACAAACUGCAAGGCAAGAAUAAAUGUGUUGAGAGUCAAUGGAAAGAUGCGGUUGACAACAGUCAAUAAUUCACAUAAUCAUGUUAUCAGCCUACAGAAAUCUCGCUUCUAUCGAUGUAACAGAGAAGUGAGUGAGACAGUUAAAAGAGUCCUUGACACCAACGAUUUAGCUGGUAUCCGACUGAACAAGAGUUACGGGUCUCUUGUAGUUGGCGCAGGUGGCUUUGAGAACCUGCCAUUUCUGGAAAAGGAUUGUCGCAAUUACAUCGACAAAGCUCGUCAUCUACGACUUGGUGCAGGUGGUGCUGGAGUACUUCGUGAUUAUUUCUUAAGGAUGCAGUACAAGAAUCAUGGAUUUUUUGCAUUGAUGGAUUUAGACAAUGACGGGAGGUUAAAAAAUAUUUUUUGGGCAGAUCUACGUAGUCGGGCAGCCUAUAAGUAUUUUGUGAGGACACGAAGACGUUUAUAUGGCUUUUCCAAACCUGGUUGCAAUGUAUGGACGGAGAAGCUCCAAAGGCGAUUAUUACUGAUCAAGACAGAGCAAUGA